AUGCCUCUGGCCGACCCCAAAGUCCAGAACAACCUGGGCACCAGCUGUUCCGGGACCGCCUCGUUCUACGUCUGCGACGAGAGGGACACCAAGUUCCUGGGCUGCUGCAGCAUCAACCCGUGCAAGACGGACAAUGGCCUCUGCCCGGACGAUGACUUUGAGUCCGCCUCAUACCGGGACUCGUCACACGCGCUCAUCAUGGCGCAGGACUGCCAGAGCGACGCGCCAGAGGUGCAGUGGUGGACGUGCUUGGCCAACGACCCGCCCUUCAUGGGCUGCUGCUCCCUGAACCCCUGUGUCGAGGGCGAGUGCCCGUCCAAGAACCUCUUCCCGGCCAAGUUAAGCAGCGAAAAGGAGAACGCAAAGGCUUUCCUGCCAGAGGACUACUACGACGACAAGGGGCUCUCCGAGGGGACCAUUGGGGGCAUAGCGGCCGGUGCCGUCGGGGGCGGCUUCGUCAUCAUCGGCGCGCUGAUCUGGUUCUUCCUCCGCCGCAAAAAGGCCAAGAAGGCUGCCGCCGCCGCCGCCGCCAGACAGAGCUACGAGCCGUAUGCCAACCACCCGUCCACCGUCGCCGGCUCCGAGGCGGCCACGAGCCCCCAUAUGCGGAAACAUGACCCCAUCCAACCGUACUCGCCCUAUCAAUCGACCUACAUGGGCACGCCCAACCCGCAGCAUCAGAGCAUGGGAUCGCCGCCACCGCAGUGGCACCAGCAGCACGCGAGCCCGGAGAUGAACAAUGGCGCAUGGGGCGGCGUGGGCACCACGUCGCCGGACCCGUCGCAGGGCCACUUCAGGGAGAGCAUGCACUCGUCGUACGCUGGGUAUGGAGGACAUCAGCAGCAGCACCAGUCGUUUGCAUCGGAGCUGCCGGCCACGACCGAGUACACGACGACGGGGCACACGCACGCGGCCGAGAUGGAUGGCGGGUCGAUGGCAGUGCCGCAGAAGAGGUGA